CAGGCAGUCGAGGUUGCAGCAGGCAGAGGGAGACGGUGGAAGGAAGGUAAAGCAGGGAAGGCAGCAUCAUGGCGGACAGAGACAGCGGCAGUGACCACGGAGGGCCUACCGCAGGCCCUGGCUCGCUGCCGCCGGGUGCGAUGGGAGCCAUGUCCCGGCUGCAGCACGACACCGAGGAGCUCGCUUCCAAGCGGGUCGACAUCCAGAACAAGCGAUUCUACCUUGACGUCAAGCAGAAUGUUAAAGGACGCUUCCUAAAGAUAGCCGAGGUCGGCGCGGGGGGGAACAAGAGCCGCCUCACGCUCUCCAUGUCGGUGGCCGUGGAGUUCCGCGACUAUCUCGGCGACUUUAUCGAACAUUACGCCCAGCUGGGCCCGAGCAACCCCGACUUGGUGCAGGAUGAGCCCCGGCGGGCGCUCAAGAGCGAGUUCUUGGUGCGGGAGAAUCGGAAAUAUUACAUGGAUCUGAAGGAGAACCAGAGGGGGCGGUUCCUGAGGAUCCGGCAGACCGUUAAUCGGGGGCCCGGACUGGGAAGCUCGCAAGGCCAAACCAUCGCUCUGCCGGCGCAGGGGCUCAUCGAGUUCCGCGACGCUUUGGCCAAACUCAUCGACGACUACGGCGUGGACGAGGAGCCGGCCGAGCUCCCGGAGGGCACCUCGCUCACGGUGGACAACAAGCGCUUCUUCUUCGACGUGGGCUCGAACAAGUACGGCGUGUUUAUGCGUGUCAGCGAGGUGAAGCCCACCUACCGGAACUCCAUCACGGUUCCGUGCAAAGUGUGGUCCAAAUUCGGCAACACUUUCUGUAAAUACGCGGAGGAGAUGCGGAAGAUCCAGGAGAGGAGUCGAGAGAAACGGGCCUCAGAACUGCUACCUGAGGGCCCGCACGGCGCCGAUGACGACGGCGACGACGACUGACUUGACUCGUCGGGGACUGGACGCCAAACAAAACUGAGAACUCGUCGACGAAAUGAGACUUUCAGUGUCAACUAGAAGUUCUGUAAAGCUUGGAAGAGUGUCCGGGAUUUGUAGCCUAGCAUGAACAACCCUCCAGUCCUUUAUUCCGCUCCAUACGCACUCAAUGUGGACAUGGCUUGUGUUCACUUUUGGGUCUUACACACACGCAUGUACACAGCCCCCCCACCCCCCACCCCCCACUCCCCCGCUGAGGCCUCACGUUGCUUUUGGAGUGUUUGAGAGGCCUGUACAGUAUUUCCAAGAAGGCCUCCUCUCACUAGAAGUGCUUGGGGACUGAGCGUGACCCCUUCCUCACCUUAGACCACUGAUCACAGGACAUACAAAUUCAACAUGUUCAUCAGUUUCACUCGAGCCAGUUCACUGAAAAGCCAGACGUUGACCGCUCGGGCCCGUUAUGAAACGUACUCGAAAUCAUUUUUGAGAAAGGUCGAAGGUUUGUCUCUUGAGUGUUGGUGAAAUGCCUGAAGAAGCUUGGCACUGCACUGCAAGGGCUCGACACCCCCGAGCUACCAGGAUGGGUACCAGUGAUCACCUGGGGACAAAAUUCUGUCAUGACGAGUAGUUUAUUCCUCACAUUGGGUUAUGAUUUGAACAAACUAGUACUUAAACGGUAACUGUGACGGGAAGUCAUUUUCCGGAAGGGGAAAUACAACAAUUUCGGUAAAAGUUCCUUGGCCAGAUAUGAGAGUCCGAGCUUAACCAAUGAAACGCACCCAUUGUUCUGUUUUGUUACUAACAUCAGCUGACGGCAUCUGAUUGUUCCACCGAUUCAGAGCAACCUUGCACCCUUUUGUUGUGUCCUCCGUUCCCGCGGACCUGAUUGGAAAUCGCCAGUUGGAUUUUGUGUUUUUGGUUUGUUGGCUGGUGCAGGCAGCAUUGUUUUGGUUGUUCAUGCCGUAAUAGUCAUCGUUAGCUACCAUUUUUGUAGGUGGUGGGGGGUCUGUUGACAACACUUUUUGCAAAUGUGAUGUUUAUGACAUCGGGAGUGUCCAUGACCAUGUCCCAAAGCCAGUCUUUUUCAAAUCAACAAGUUUUUAAUGUUAGCAAAGUGCAACGUGCGCACAUUGAUGACAUCGAACGGCAACGUUCCAUGAAAUGUGGGCGGUGGCCUUCCUUUUACCAAACUGGACCACAAACAAAACUUCCACUUCCUGAUUUGAAAUGUCUCUCAUUGGCCAUGUGGAGUUCCUGGUUAACCACACAGCCAAUAGUAGCCUCCGGUCACAUGACUCCACACGAACCACACGCAGAGUAGCUCGUUCGGCUCCGUCUUCUGUUUGCCCUCGCUGCAACUGUCUGGCCCGAAACUGGCAACGCUGUAUCGGCUACUGUUGCGUACACGUGUUGGGAAGGGAAGUGAGUCCCGGAUUUUAGGGGGCCCAGGGUGGGCGGAAGGGGGUGUCAAGGUGUCAAUGCACAAUGAACAUAUCGCAUGUCACCAAUUGGUCUGAAGCCCUUUACCAUUCCAUAUUAGAUAUGUUGUACCUUUUGAAAAUAUUUUAUCCGUGCCGUGUGCGUG